GGGGCGUUGAGCCGCCUUGGGCUGCCCGGGCCCGGAAGCGGCGGCGGCGGCGCGGGCACCGCAGAGUCGGCCAUGGCUGUGAACCUGAGCCGGAACGGGCCGGCGCUGCAGGAGGCCUACGAGCGAGUGGUCAAGGAGAAGUCCCCGACCGACUGGGCCCUCUUCACCUAUGAAGGCAACAGUAAUGACAUCCGUGUGGCUGGCACUGGGGAGGGGGGCCUGGAGGAAAUGGUGGAGGAGCUCAGCAGUGGGAAGGUGAUGUACGCCUUCUGCCGAGUGAAGGACCCCAACUCCGGCCUGCCCAAGUUUGUCCUCAUCAACUGGACCGGCGAGGGUGUGAAUGACGUGCGGAAGGGAGCGUGCGCCAACCACGUCAGCACCAUGGCCAGCUUCCUGAAGGGGGCCCAUGUGACCGUCAACGCCAGGGCCGAGGAGGACGUGGAGCCCGAGUGUAUCAUGCAGAAGGUGGCCAGGGCCUCAGGGGCCAACUACACCUUCCACAGAGAGAGCAGCCGCUUCCAGGACACGGGCCCCCAGGCCCCAGUGGGCUCUGUGUACCAGAAGACCAACGCUGUGUCUGAGAUCAAAAGGGUUGGCAAAGACAGCUUCUGGGCCAAAGCAGAGAAGGAGGAGGAGACCCGCAAGCUGGAGGAGAAGCGGCGGGCGGAGGAGGAGCGGCGGCGGCUGGAGCAGGAGCGCCGAGAGCGGGAGCUGCGCGAGGCCGCCCUCAGGGAGCAGCGCUGUGGGGAGCAGGGCGCCGAGGCCGGGCCCCAGAGCAGGAAGUGUGAGCCGCACGAAGCGCUUUCCAGGAGCCGAGCGGAGCCGGAGCCUGUCUGUCCACAGCCAGCACACCCACGGGAGAUUUUCAAGCAGAAGGAGAGGGCCGUGUCCACCACGUCCAUCUCCAGCCCCCAGCCAGGCAAGCUGAGGAGCCCCUUCCUGCAGAAGCAGCUCACCCAGCCGGAGACCCCCCUCAGCAGAGAGUCAGCUCACGCCACCUCAAGGCCCAGGGCAGAGUGGGCUGUGUCCUCCCGUGCAGAUCUCUGCGAGGAGCCGGUGCCCAGCGCCCCUCCGUGCUCGGUGCCGGUGGAAGAGGAGGCCGUGUACGAGGAGCCCCCAGAGCAGGAGACCCUCUACGAGGAGCCUCCAAUGGUGCAGCAGCAGGAUAGCAGCUCUGAGCCCGUUGACCAGUACCCGGGGCUGAGUGGGAAAGGGCUCUGUGCCCGGGCCCUGUACGACUACCAGGCAGCCGACGAGACCGAGAUCUCCUUUGACCCUGAGAACCUCAUCACGGGCAUUGAGGUGAUUGACGAAGGCUGGUGGCGUGGCUAUGGGCCAGACGGCCGCUUUGGCAUGUUUCCCGCCAACUAUGUGGAGCUCAUUGAGUAAGGGCCCCGACUGCUGGCCGAAGCCGAGGGCUGUCCUCCCUCCCCCGCCCAGACGUGACGCCCUCGUUGCCAGGAGAGGCGGCGUGAGGGUCGUGUACGGCGCUUUUCUAGGAAUGGGAUCCCCUGAUGAGGGCAGGGGAUCUCCCUCUGGCUUGGGUGGCUCGGCCUCUGUUGCCCCAAAUGCAGCAAUAACCUGGUGAUCUCCACGCACGCUUCCAGCAGCUUCCCUAGUCCUCCCAACCAGCCUGGUCCUUGACCCGCAGCAGAAGACAUCGAGCCAAGCCCUGCCCAGGGCCAGCCUCUCGGUGACCUCUGCCCAAGGAGCGGGGCACUGCCAGUCUGCGGGGGUGGGUCUGAGCAGGGGCAUCUAGAGGUCUCCUUCUGCACUUGCCUUUUUUUCCUUUUCCUCUUGGCUUUAAGGGACGGUGUCUAUAGCUAUCAGUGACCCCUUGUGAACAGUGAACUUAGAGUUUAUGACCAAAGGCAGAGUGGGUCCUGACAAUUUUGGUAGCAGUCUUUCUGGAACGUGCCCUGUGCUCCCCGUUUCUCUGUCCCUCUGCCUGGGCUCUGGGCAGUGGAGAUAGGGACCACCAAGCCCCCAUCUAAGUAUGUGAAGGAAGAGGUGGAAACAUCAGCAGACACUGCGUGUCCUUCCACGUGGCUCGCUCUUGUCUGCUGGCCCAGGUGUGCACCUCAGUUGAUACGGCUUAGGGAAAGGAACCAUGGUGGCCUGUUCCUCCUGUCUUUCCUUCUUUCUGCCCCAGCCCAGCCAUGCCCGCCUCUGGAGUAAGAAGUGCCCCACACCGGCCCUAGCUCCUGUCCCUCCUGUUGUAGCCCUCGUGUGUGCACCCUCAGACCUCUGACCAGCCCUUGGCCACUUGGAAGAGGCAUAAAGGUCAACGUGUGACUG